GUAUGAAAAGGAUUGAGAAGGACGGGAGAGUGAGUAAAAGGGAGAAGAUGGUGGCGUGAGUGGACCGCAGCCACUAGGGUUUGAAAUUUCAACGCAGUUUUUUUGAUUCCAUUGAAGAAGAAAAUGGGGCAAGGAUAAAAAUGGCGGUGCUUAUCACGAUGGGCCGUCUCUUAGGGUUUUUGUUUAUUUAUUUAUUAUCAAUUUAUGAUUCAGGUUGAAAAAUGGAGUUUCUGGGUUUGAGUAAUUCAAACGUUGAAUUCGUUCGUUGACUGAUAUCCAAAGAAAGAAAGCUGGACGAAAGAGAGGGGUUGAUGAUGGAGCACUCUCAUCUUCUUUUCCAUGGGGUAUUUAUGGUGUCUGUUGACCUUCCUCCCGCUUGCCUCCUUCCUGCUGCUUCCCAAUUCUUUUCCAUUUAUUCAUUUUCUUCCGUGUAUCCAUCAUGGGAAUCUGCUGCGCAAAACCUGCCAAGCUCGCUCAUGCAUCUUCAACCAAUAUUUCUGCAAGGGAUAACUUAAAUAGCAAGUCAAACGUCGGACCAACUGAUUCUAGUCAGAAAACUCUGAGUCUUACCUCUAGUACGUCUGUAAUCAAACCGAAAUUCGAUGUAUCGGGCGCCUGCGCUCUCAAGUCUUUUAGCUUCAUUGAUCUCAGGAAUGCCACCAAGAACUUCCGCAGUGAAAGUCUACUUGGCGAGGGAGGAUUUGGAUGCGUCUUCAAAGGGUGGAUCGAUGAACACUCAUAUCUUCCUACCAAACCCGGAACUGGAAUUGUAGUGGCUGUCAAGAAACUCAAGCGAGGGAGCCUUCAAGGCUACAAGGAGUGGCUUGCGGAAGUGAACUAUCUGGGCCAGCUCCGCCAUGAUAAUCUUGUCAGGCUUAUUGGGUAUUGCUCAGAAUCCGAUGACCGACUUCUAGUUUACGAGUAUAUGCCGAAGGGAAGCCUGGAAAACCAUUUGUUUAGAAAAGGUGUUGCACCGAUUUCUUGGCGUGUUCGAAUGAAUAUUGCAGUUGAUGUGGCACGGGGAUUAUCAUUCUUACACAGUUGUGAACCUAAUGUUAUAUACCGUGAUUUGAAGGCGUCCAACAUUCUGCUUGAUUCAGAAUUCAAUGCCAAACUCUCAGAUUUUGGCUUAGCAAGGGAGGGUCCUACGGGAGACAAGACUCAUGUUUCAACCCGGGUUAUGGGAACACGAGGCUACGCUGCCCCAGAAUAUGUAGCAACAGGUCACUUGACCCCGAAGAGUGACGUAUACAGCUUUGGCGUCGUUUUGCUAGAACUUCUCUCAGGCAAACGUGCAUUGGACCAAGAGAAAGUAGGGAGAGUGGAAGAGACCCUAGUGGAUUGGGGGAAACCCCUCCUAAGCGACAGUAAACGAAUGUUGAGGAUAAUGGACACGAGGAUGGGCGGUCAGUACUCGAGAAAAGAAGCUCAAGCUGCAGCCUCGCUUGCGCUGAAUUGUCUCCACACAGAUCCUAAAAACAGGCCAUCAAUGGUUGAUGUUCUGGAGGAAUUAGAACGACUACUGAGCUCAAAGGAUGUUCUAAGGACUCCGGACAGCCGUGCCAUCAGACGCACUCCGCCUGCUAGAUCUCGAUAGUAAAGUAAUAAUAAUGGCUUACUCGAACUGUGUUUGAUUUUUUAUUUGGAAGUUGCCUCCCAACAAACGCACUUCACCCAAUACAAGAAGUGCGCUGUACAAGUUUUGUGGAUAUUUUCACGUAGAAUUUAUAUCCCCAACCAAAUGUUACAGAAACAAUCAA